GGAAGCCGGGCCCCCGGCCCGCCCCAGCCAACGCCUCCUCGGUCCCCAGCCCGCUCUUCUUCCGGACCAUGACGCAGAACCUCACGGCCAAGCUGUCCCGGUACAACGGGACCCUGCUUCAGCGCCUGGAGAGCUACCUCCGUGCCACACGCUACCCGCUCCGCGGCAACCAAACCAUCGCCACCGUGGCCAAGGCCAUCUACCGCUACCUGGUGCAGAGGAAGUCCCUGGAGGAACAGGAGAUGGUCUACGUGGGGCUGGGCCAGCAUUCGAAGGAGCUCGGGGCCAUGGCACCCCCGCAAGGGCACCCCAUGGAGCAGCCCACGGGGCCCCCCGGCCGCUUCCAGAUAGCCGGGGAGGUGGGCAGCAUCUUCUCGGCGGGCUCCCCCGGCUCGGACGCGGGGCCCAGGGGCCACACCAAGCCGGCGGUGGUGGCCCGCUCCCCCGGCACCAUUGUGGUCUCGCUGGAGGGCAUGCGUGGCCACGCGGAGCGCGUGGUGGUCCGCCACUGGCGGGCGGGCGACGGCGGAGGAGCGGGGGAGCUGGCGGUUCCCGGCGACGCCGCGGCGGUUCACCUCCAGGGCCUGGCGCCCGGCACCACCUACCAGGUGGAGAUCCACGGCCUGGUCCAGGGGCGGCUGUCCAAGUCCUAUUCCUUUGUCGCCUCCACAGCUCCAGAGGCAUCCGGCACCGAGCAGCCCCCAGAGACCUCCAUGCCCAGCCUCUCCCGCCCUGGGCCACCCCCAGGGGACCUGGCCGUGACAGACGUCUCCCCCGACCGGUUCCGCGUCACCUGGACGGCCACGACUGGCCCCUUCCAGCACUUCCUGCUGCGGUACCGGGAGCCCGGCUCCGUGGUGCCCCCCGGGCAGACCCAGGUGCCUGGGGGGAAGAGGAGUGUGAUCGUCACCCAGCUGAGCCCCGGCACCGAGUACGAGGUGGAGCUGCGGGGGGUGGCACCUGACGGGACCAUCUCAGAGCCCAUCACCACCAGCGUGUGGACAGCACGCCUUGGCGGGGGCCCCGGGCCAAACGAGCUGGGGGUCCUGGGGGUCAGGAACGUGACCAGCGAUGGGUUUGGGCUGCAGUGGAGGGCGCGGAAGGGCCUGUUCCAGUCCUUCCUGCUGCGCUACGAAGAUGCGGCCGGGCGCACGGGGCCCCAGGAGGCCGAGGUGCCGGGGGACCAGCGAGCGACCCGCGUCGGGGGGCUGCAGCCUGGCGCCGAGUACAACGUCACACUGUAUGGGGUGCACCGCGGCCAGCUCUCACCCCCGCUCCGAGCCAGAGUCCGGACAGCACCAGCAGAUCCCGCCCCCCAGCCCAGCCUGGGGGAGCUCUCGGCCUCCGACGUCACCCACGACUCCGCCCUGCUCUCCUGGACUGUCCAGGCCGGGACCUUCGACUCCUUCCUCCUCCAGUACAAGGACGCGGAGGGAAAACCCCAGGCGCUGCCCGUGGACGGGGGAUCCCGCACGGUCACCAUCACCAAGCUGGCCCCUUCCCGCAGAUACAAGUUCAACCUCUACGGCAUCUCCGGCCGCAAGCGCCUUGGUCCCAUGUCCACCGACACCGUCACAGCCGCGGUGCCACGGGAGGAGGAACCCGCCCCCCAGCCCAGCCUGGGGGAGCUCUCGGCCUCCGACAUCACCCACGACUCCGCCCUGCUCUCCUGGACCGUCCAGUCCGGGGACUUCGACUCCUUCCUCCUCCAGUACAAGGAUGCGGAGGGCAACCCCCAGGCGCUGCCCGUGGAUGGGGGAUCUCGCACCGUCACCGUCGCCAACCUGGCCCCCUCCCGCCGAUACAAGUUCAACCUCUACGGCAUCUCCGGCCGCAAGCGCCUCGGCCCCGUCUUCACCGACGCCGUCACAGCCGCGGUGCCACGGGAGGAGGAACCCGCCCCCCAGCCCAGCCUGGGGGAGCUCUCGGCCUCCGACGUCACCCACGACUCCGUCCUGCUCUCCUGGACCGUCCAGUCUGGGGACUUCGACUCCUUCCUCCUCCAGUACAAGGAUGCGGAGGGCAACCCCCAGGCACUGCCCGUGGAUGGGGGAUCUCGCACCGUCACCGUCGCCAACCUGGCCCCCUCCCGCCGAUACAAGUUCAACCUCUACGGCAUCUCCGGCCGCAAGCGCCUCGGCCCCAUCUUCACCGACGCCGUCACAGCUGCUGAGCCGCGGGAGGAGGAACCCGCCUCCGAGCCAAGCCUGGGGGAGCUCUCGGCCUCCAACAUCACCCAUGACUCCAUCCCGCUCUCCUGGACCGUCCAGUCCGGGGACUUCGACUCCUUCCUCCUCCAGUACAAGGAUGCAGAGGGCAAACCCCAGGCGCUGCCCGUGGAUGGGGGAUCUCGCACCGUCACCAUCACCAACCUGGCCCCCUCCCACCGAUACAAGUUCAAACUCUACGGCAUCUCUGGCCGCAAGCGCCUCGGCCCCGUCUCCACCGACGCCGUCACAGCCGUGGCACCGCGAGAGGAGGAACCCGCCCCCCAACCCAGCCUGGGGGAGCUCUCGGCCUCCGACAUCACCCACGACUCCGCCCUGCUCUCCUGGACCGUCCAGGCCGGGGACUUCGACUCCUUCCUCCUCCAGUACAAGGAUGCGGAGGGCAACCCCCAGGCGCUGCCCAUGGAUGGGGGAUCUCGCACGGUCACCGUCACCAACCUGGCCCCCUCCCGCCGAUACAAGUUCAACCUCUACGGCAUCUCUGGCCGCAAGCGCCUAGGCCCCGUCUCCACCGAUGCCGUCACAGCCGCGGCGCCGCGGAAGAAGGAACCCGCCUCCCAGCCCAGCCUGGGGAAGCUCUCAGCCUCCGAUGUCACCCACGACUCCAUCCUGCUCUCCUGGACCGUCCAGGCCGGGGACUUUGACUCCUUCCUCCUCCAGUACAAGGACGCGGAGGGCAAACCCCAGGCACUGCCCGUGGACGGGGGAUCCCGCUCGGUCACCGUCGCCAACCUGGCCCCCUCCCGCCGAUACAAGUUCAACCUCUACGGCAUCUCUGGCCGCAAGCGCCUUGGCCCCGUCUCCACCGACGCCGUCACAGCCACGGCGCCGCGGGAGGAGGAACCUGCCCCCCAGCCCAGCCUGGGGGAGCUCUCGGCCUCCGAUGUCACCCACGACUCCGCCCUGCUCUCCUGGACCGUCCAGGCCGGCGACUUCGACUCCUUCCUCCUCCACUACAAGGACGCGGAGGGCAAACCCCAGGUACUGACUGUGGAUGGCGGAUCUCGCACGGUCACCGUCGCCAACCUGGCCCCCUCCCGCCGAUACAAGUUCAACCUCUACGGCGUCUCCGGCCGCAAGCGCCUCGGCCCCGUCUCCACCGACGCCGUCACAGCCACGGCGCCGCGGGAGAAGGAACCCGCCCCCCAGCCCAGCCUGGGGGAGCUCUCGGCCUCCGACGUCACCCACGACUCCGCCCUGCUCUCCUGGACCGUCCAGGCCGGGGACUUUGACUCCUUCCUCCUCCAGUACAAGGACACGGAGGGUAAACCCCAGGUGCUGCCCGUGGACGGGGGAUCCCGCACGGUCACCGUCGCCAACCUGGCCCCCUCCCGCCGAUACAAGUUCAACCUCUACGGCAUCUCCGGCCGCAAGCGCCUCGGCCCCGUCUCCACCGACGCCGUCACAGCCGCAGCACCACGGAAGGAGGAACCCGCCACCCAGCCCAGCCUGGGGGAGCUCUCGGCCUCCGACGUCACCCACGACUCCAUCCUGCUCUCCUGGACCAUCCAGGCUGGGGACUUCGACUCCUUCCUCCUCCAGUACAAGGACGCGGAGGGCAACCCCCAGGCGCUGCCCGUGGACGGGGGAUCCCGCACGGUCACCGUCGCCAACCUGGCCCCCUCCCGCCGAUACAAGUUCAACCUCUACGGCAUCUCCGGCCGCAAGCGCCUCGGCCCCGUCUCCACCGACGCCGUCACAGCCGCGGCACCGCGGGAGGAGGAACCUGCCCCCCAGCCCAGCCUGGGGGAGCUCUCAGCCUCUGACGUCACCCAUGACUCCGCCCUGCUCUCCUGGACCGUGGAGGAGGGGACCUUUGACUCCUUCCUCCUCCAGUACAAGGACGCGGAGGGCAACCCCCAGGCGCUGCCCGUGGACGGGGCAUCCCACACAAUCACUGUCGCUAACCUGACACCUUCCCGCCGAUACAAGUUCAACCUCUACGGCAUCUCUGGCCGCAAGCGCCUCGGCCCCGUCUCCACCGACGCCGUCACAGCCACGGCGCCGCGGGAGGAGGAACCCGCCCCCCAGCCCAGCCUGGGGGAGCUCUCGGCCUCCAAUGUCACCCACGACUCCGCCCUGCUCUCCUGGACUGUCCAAGCCGGGACCUUCGACUCCUUCCUCCUUCAGUACAAGGACGCGGAGGGCAAACCCCAGGCGCUGCCCGUGGAUGGGGAAUCCCGCACGGUCACCGUCUCCAACCUGGCCCCCUCCCGCCGAUACAAGUUCAACCUCUACGGCAUCUCCGGCCGCAAGCGCCUCGGCCCCAUCUCCACCGACACCGUCACAGCCACGGCGCCGCGGGAGGAGGAACCCACCCCCCAGCCCAGCCUGGGGGAGCUCUCGGCCUCCAACAUCACCCACGACUCCGCCCUGCUCUCCUGGACUGUCCAAGCCGGGACCUUCGACUCCUUCCUCCUCCAGUACAAGGACGCGGAGGGCAAACCCCAGGCGCUGCCCGUGGAUGGGGAAUCCCGCACGGUCACCGUCUCCAACCUGGCCCCCUCCCGCCGAUACAAGUUCAACCUCUACGGCAUCUCCGGCCGCAAGCGCCUCGGCCCCAUCUCCACCGACACCGUCACAGCCGCGGCACCGCGGGAGGAGGAACCUGCCCCCCAGCCCAGCCUGGGGGAGCUCUCAGCCUCUGACGUCACCCAUGACUCCGCCCUGCUCUCCUGGACCGUGGAGGAGGGGACCUUCGACUCCUUCCUCCUCCAGUACAAGGACGCGGAGGGCAACCCCCAGGCGCUGCCCGUGGGCGGGGCAUCCCGCACGAUCACUGCCGCUAACCUGACACCUUCCCGCCGAUACAAGUUCAACCUCUACGGCAUCUCUGGCCGCAAGCGCCUCGGCCCCGUCUCCACCGACGCCGUCACAGCCACGGCACCGCGGGAGGAGGAACCCGCCCCCCAGCCCAGCCUGGGGGAGCUCUGGGCCUCCAACGUCACCCACGACUCCGCCCUGCUCUCCUGGACCGUCCAAGCCGGGACCUUCGACUCCUUCCUCCUCCAGUACAAGGACACGGAGGGCAAACCCCAGGCGCUGCCCGUGGAUGGGGAAUCCCGCAUGGUCACCGUCUCCAACCUGGCCCCCUCCCGCAGAUACAAGUUCAACCUCUACGGCAUCUCUGGCCGCAAGCGCCUCGGCCCCAUCUCCACCGACGCCGUCACAGCGCUGCGGGAGAAGGAACCCGCCUCCGAGCCAAGCCUGGGGGAGCUCUCAGCCUCCGACGUCACCCACGACUCCGCCCUGCUCUCCUGGACCGUCCAGGCCGGGGACUUCGACUCCUUCCUCCUCCAGUACAAGGACGCGGAGGGUAAACCCCAGGCGCUGCCCGUGGACGGGGGAUCCCGCACGGUCACCGUCGCCAACCUGGCCCCCUCCCGCCGAUACAAGUUCAACCUCUACGGCAUCUCCGGCCGCAAGCGCCUGGGCCCCAUCUCCACCGAUGCCGUCACAGCCGUGACAGGGGAGGAGGAACCCGCCCCCCAGCCCAGCCUGGGGGAGCUCUCGGCCUCUGACGUCACCCACAACUCCAUCCUGCUCUCCUGGACCGUGGAGGAGGGGACCUUCGACUCCUUCCUCCUCCAGUACAAGGACGCGGAGGGCAAACCCCAGGCGCUGCCCGUGGACGGGGGAUCCCGCACGGUCACCGUCGCCAACCUGGCCCCCUCCCGCAGAUACAAGUUCAACCUCUACGGCAUCUCCGGCCGCAAGCGCCUCGGCCCCGUCUCCACCGACGCCGUCACAGCCGCAGCGCUGCGGGAGAAGGAUCCUGCCUCCGAGCCGAGCCUGGGGGAGCUCUCGGCCUCCAACGUCACCCACGACUCCGCCCUGCUCUCCUGGACUGUACAGUCCGGGGACUUUGACUCCUUCCUCCUCCAGUACAAGGACGCGGAGGGCAAACCCCAGGCGCUGCCUGUGGACGGGGGAUCCCGCACGGUCACCGUCGCCAACCUGGCCCCCUCCCGCCGAUACAAGUUCAACCUCUACGGCAUCUCCAGCCGCAAGCGCCUCGGCCCCGUCUCCACCGACGCCGUCACAGCCGCGGCGCCACGGGAGGAGGAACCCGCCCCCCAGCCCAGCCUGGGGGAGCUCUCGGCCUCCGACGUCACCCACGACUCCGCCCUGCUCUCCUGGACUGUACAGUCCGGGGACUUUGACUCCUUCCUCCUCCAGUACAAGGACGCGGAGGGCAAACCCCAGGCGCUGCCUGUGGACGGGGGAUCCCGCACGGUCACCGUCGCCAACCUGGCCCCCUCCCGCCGAUACAAGUUCAACCUCUACGGCAUCUCCAGCCGCAAGCGCCUCGGCCCCGUCUCCACCGACGCCGUCACAGCCGCGGCGCCACGGGAGGAGGAACCCGCCCCCCAGCCCAGCCUGGGGGAGCUCUCGGCCUCCGACGUCACCCACGACUCCGCCCUGCUCUCCUGGACUGUCCAGGCCAGGGAUUUCGACUCCUUCCUCCUCCAGUACAAGGACGCGGAGGGCAAACUCCAGGUGCUACCCGUGGAUGGGGGAUCCCGCACAGUCACCAUCACCAACCUGGCCCCCUCCCGCCGAUACAAGUUCAACCUCUACGGCAUCUCCGGCCAUAAGCGCCUCGGCCCCGUCUCCACCGACGCCGUCACAGCCAUGGCACCGCGGGAGGAGGGAGUCGGGACGCAGCUCCGCCUGGGGGAGCUCUCGGUGGCCAACGCAGCCCACAACUCUCUCGACCUUUCCUGGACCGUGGAGGUGGGGACCUUCGACUCCUUCAUCCUCCAGUACCGGGACGCAGAGGGCAACCCCCGGGCGCUGCCCGUGGACGGUGCCCUGCGCUCCCUCCACCUCCAUGACCUGGCCCCCUCCCGCAGAUACAAGUUCAACCUCUACGGCGUCUCCGGCCGCAAGCGCCUCGGCCCCGUCUCCACCGACGCCGUCACAGCCGCGGCACUGCAAGAGGAGGAACCCAGCCCCCAGCCCAGCCUGGGGGAGCUCUCGGCCUCCAACAUCACCCACAACUCUGCCCUGCUCUCCUGGACCGUCCAGGCCGGGACCUUCGACUCCUUCAUCCUCCAGUACAAGGACGCAGAGGGCAACCCCCAGGCGCUGCCCGUGGACGGGGGAUCCCGCACAGUCACCGUCGCCAACCUGGCCCCCUCCCGCCGAUACAAGUUCAACCUCUACGGUGUCUCCGAUCGCAAGCGCCUCGGCCCCGUCUCCACCGACGCCGUCACAGCCGCGGCGCCGCGGGUUGAGGAACCCGCCCCCCAGCCCAGCCUGGGGGAGCUCUCGGCCUCCGACGUCACCCACGACUCCGCCCUGCUCUCCUGGACCGUCCAGGCUGGGGACUUCGACUCCUUCCUCCUCCAGUACAAGGACGCGAAGGGCAAACCUCAGGCGCUGCCCGUGGAUGGGGGAUCUCGCACGGUCACCGUCGCCAACCUGGCCCCCUCCCGCCGAUACAAGUUCAACCUCUACGGCAUCUCCGGCCGCAAGCGCCUCGGCCCCGUCUCCACCGACGCCAUCACAGCCGCAGCACCGAGGGAGGAGGAACCCGCCCCCCAGCCCAGCCUGGGGGAGCUCUCGGCCUCUGACGUCACCCACGACUCCAUCCCGCUCUCCUGGACCGUGGAGGAGGGGACCUUCGACUCCUUCCUCCUCCAGUACAAGGACGCGGAGGGCAACCCCCAGGCGCUGCCCGUGGACGGGGGAUCCCGCACGGUCACCGUCGCCAACCUGGCCCCCUCCCGCCGUUACAAGUUCAACCUCUACGGCAUCUCCGGCCGCAAGCGCCUCGGCCCCGUCUCCACCGACGCCGUCACAGCUGCGGCAACGCGGGAGGAGGAACCGCCCCCCCAGCCCAGCCUGGGGGAGCUCUCGGCCUCCGAUGUCACCCACGACUCCAUCCUGAUCUCCUGGACUGUCCAGGCCGGCGACUUUGACUCCUUCCUCCUCCAGUACAAGGACACGGAGGGCAAACCCCAGGCGCUGCCCGUGGACGGGGGAUCCCGCACUGUCACGGUCACCAACCUGGCCCCCUCCCGAAGAUACAAGUUCAACCUCUACGGCAUCUCCGGCCGCAAGCGCCUCGGCCCCGUCUCCACCGACGCCGUCACAGCCGUGGCACCGCAGGAGGAGGAACCCGCCCCCCAGCCCAGCCUGGGGGAGCUCUCGGCCUCCGACAUCACCCAUGACUCCGCCCUGCUCUCCUGGACUGUCCAAGCUGGGACCUUCGACUCCUUCCUCCUCCAGUACAAGGACGCAGAGGGCAGACCCCAGGCGCUGCCCGUGAAUGGAGAAUCUCGCACGGUCACCAUCACCAACCUGGCCCCCUCCCGCCGAUACAAGUUCAACCUCUACGGCAUCUCCGGCCGCAAGCGCCUCGGCCCCGUCUCCACCGAUGCUGUCACAGCCGCGGCACCGCGGGAGGAGGAACCCGCCCCCCAGCCCAGCCUGGGGGAGCUCUCAGCCUCUGACGUCACCCACGACUCCAUCCCGCUCUCCUGGACCGUGGAGGAGGGGACCUUCGACUCCUUCCUCCUCCAGUACAAGGACGCGGAGGGCAAACCCCAGGCGCUGCCCGUGGACGGGGGAUCCCGCACGGUCACCGUCGCCAACCUGGCCCCCUCCCGCAGAUACAAGUUCAACCUCUACGGCAUCUCCGGCCACAAGCGCCUCGGCCCCAUCUCCACCGACGCCGUCACAGCUGCGGGGCCACGGGAGGAGGAACCCGCCCCCCAGCCCAGCCUGGGGGAGCUCUCGGCCUCUGACGUCACCCACGACUCCAUCCCGCUCUCCUGGACCGUGGAGGAGGGGACCUUCGACUCCUUCCUCCUCCAGUACAAGGACGCGGAGGGCAACCCCCAGGUGCUGCCCGUGGACGGGGGAUCCCGCACGGUCACCGUCGCCAACCUGGCCCCCUCCCGCCGAUACAAGUUCAACCUCUACGGCAUCUCCGGUCGCAAGCGCCUCGGCCCCGUCUCCACCGACGCCGUCACAGCACCACGGGAAGAGGAACCUGCCCCCCAGCCCAGCCUGGGGGAGCUCUCGGCCUCCGACGUCACCCACGACUCCGCCCUGAUCUCCUGGACCGUGGAGGAGGGGAUCUUCGACUCCUUCCUCCUCCAGUACAAGGACGCGGAGGGCAAACCCCAGGCGCUGCCCGUGGAUGGGGGAUCCCGCUCGGUCACCGUCACCAACCUGGCCCCCUCCCGCCGAUACAAGUUCAACCUCUACGGCAUCUCCGGCCGCAAGCGCCUCGGCCCCGUCUCCACCGACGCCAUCACAGCCGCGGCGCUGCGGGAGGAGGAACCUGCCCCCCAACCCAGCCUGGGGGAGCUCUCGGCCUCCGACGUCACCCAUGACUCCGCCCUGCUCUCCUGGACCGUGGAGGGGACCUUUGACUCUUUCCUCCUCCAGUACAAGGACGCGGAGGGCAAACCGCAGGUGCUGCCCACCGACGGGGCAUCCCACAGGGUCACCAUCACCAACCUGGCCCCCUCCCGCCGAUACAAGUUCAACCUCUACGGCAUCUCUGGCCGCAAGCGCCUCGGCCCCGUCUCCACCGACACCGUCACAGCCACGGCGCCGCGGGAGGAGGAACCCGCCCCCCAGCCCAGCCUGGGGGAGCUCUGGGCCUCCAACGUCACCCACGACUCCGCCCUGCUCUCCUGGACCGUCCAAGCCGGGACCUUCGACUCCUUCCUCCUCCAGUACAAGGACGCGGAGGGCAAACCCCAGGCACUGCCUGUGGACGGGGGAUCCCACACAGUCACCGUCGCCAACCUGGCCCCCUCCCGCCGAUACAAGUUCAACCUCUACGGCAUCUCCGGCCGCAAGCGCCUCGGCCCCAUCUCCACCGACGCCGUCACAGCCGCGGCGCCGCGGGAGGAGGAACCCGCCCCCCAGCCCAGCCUGGGGGAGCUCUCGGCCUCCGACGUCACCCACGACUCCGCCCUGCUCUCCUGGACCGUCCAAGCCGGGACCUUCGACUCCUUCCUCCUCCAGUACAAGGACGCGGAGGGCAAACCUCAGGCUCUGCCCGUGGCCGGGGGAUCCCGCACGGUCACCGUCGCCAACCUGGCCCCCUCCCGCCGAUACAAGUUCAACCUCUACGGCAUCUCCGGCCGCAAGCGCCUCGGCCCCGUCUCCACCGACGCCGUCACAGCCGUGGCGCCGCAGGAGAAGGAACCCGCCCCCCAGCCCAGCCUGGGGGAGCUCUCGGCCUCCGACGUCACCCACGACUCCGCCCUGCUCUCCUGGACCGUCCAGGCCGGGGACUUCGACUCCUUCCUCCUCCAGUACAAGGACGCGGAGGGCAACCCCCAGGCGCUGCCCGUGGAUGGGGGAUCCCGCACGGUCACCAUCGCCAACCUGGCCCCCUCCCGCCGAUACAAGUUCAACCUCUACGGCAUCUCCGGCCGCAAGCGCCUCGGCCCCGUCUCCACCGACGCCGUCACAGCCGCGGCACCGCGGGAGGAGGAACCCGCCCCCCAGCCCAGCCUGGGGGAGCUCUCGGCCUCCGACGUCACCCACGACUCCGCCCUGCUCUCCUGGACCGUCCAGGCCGGGGACUUCGACUCCUUCCUCCUCCAGUACAAGGACGCGGAGGGCAAACCCCAGGCGCUGCCCGUGGACGGGGGAUCCCGCACGGUCACCGUCGCCAACCUGGCCCCCUCCCGCAGAUACAAGUUCAACCUCUACGGCAUCUCCGGCCGCAAGCGCCUCGGCCCCGUCUCCACCGACGCCGUCACAGCGCCGCGGGAGGAGGGAGCCGGGAUACGGCUCCGCCUGGGGCAGCUCUCGGCCUCCGACAUCACCCAUGACUCCCUCGAUCUGUCCUGGACUGUGAAGGAAGGGACCUUCGACUCCUUCAUCCUCCAGUACAGGGACGCGGACGGCAACCCCCAGGCGCUGCCCGUGGACGGGGGAUCCCGCACGGUCACCGUCGCCAACCUGGCCCCCUCCCGAAGAUACAAGUUCAACCUCUACGGCAUCUCCGGCCGCAAGCGCCUCGGCCCCGUCUCCACCGACGCCGUCACAGGCCGGCAGGAGGAGGAAGACGAGGAGGAGGAGGAGGAAGGUGCCUCGCAGCCCAAGCUGGGGGAGCUCUCGACCUCCGAGGUCACCAAAGACUCCGUCCGCCUCUCCUGGACCGUCCAGGCCGGGGCCUUCGACUCCUUCCUCCUCCAGUACAAGGACGCGGAGGGCAAACCCCAGGCACUGCCCGCGGAUGGGGCAUCCCGCACGCUCGUCGUGUCCGACCUGCUCCCCUCCCGCAAGUACAAGUUCAACCUCUACGGCGUCUCCGGCCCUAAGCGCCUCGGGCCCGUCUCCACCGACGCCGUCACAGCCUUCCCGGAAGCCUCCAGCGUGACGCCCGCCCGGCUGGACCAGCUGCUCAUCUCCGAGGUGACCCCGACCUCACUGCGGCUGAGCUGGGACGCGCCCGAGGGCAACUUCGACACCUUCCUCAUCCGGUACCGGGACGCGGGCCGGGGGCCCGGGCUGGGGCCGGCGCCCGCCCAGGAGGUGCCGGUGCCGGCCCAGCGCUCGGCCGUGCUGCGGGGGCUGCGGCCCAGCACCGAAUACGGCCUGGCAGUGUACGGCCUGCGGCAGGGCGAGGAGACAGCCAAUGUCCACGGGGCCGCACAGACCAGCAGCCUCGAGCUGGAGAGCCCCCGGGACCUGCGCUUCAGCGACAUCCGUGAGACCUCGGUGGGGGUGACCUGGGGGGCCCCGUCCACCCAUGUCGACCGCUACAAGGUGUCCUUCCAGCUGAGCAAAGGGGGGGAGCCGCAGAGCGUGAUGGUCGCGGGCACCCGGCUGCAGACAACGCUCGAGGGGCUGAUCCCCGGGGCCAGCUAUGAGGUCAGCGUCAUGGCCGUCCGGGGCUUCGAGGAGAGCGAGCCACUGGUGGGCUACGUCACCACAGUCCCCGACGGCCCCUCGGACCUGCGUGCCGUUAACGUCACCGAGGCCUCGGCCCUGCUGCGCUGGAACCCGCCCCGGGCCCCCGCCCAGAGCUACGAGCUGAGCUACGGGCCCCCCGAAGGCCCCGCGGUGACGGUGCGGCUCCCCGGGGCCCGGGCCGAGCACCCCCUGACCGGGCUGCGGCUGGACACCGAGUAUCUGGUCAGCGUCCACGGGGUGACGGGGGGCAACCGCAGCUCCCCCGCCCACGCCACCUUCACCACCGGGCUGGAUGCCCCCCGGGACCUGCAAGCCACUGACGUGACCCCCCGCAGCGCCCGGCUCUCCUGGACGCCCCCACGCGUCCCCCCCGCCGGCUACCUGCUCAGCUACGAGACACCCUCUGGCCAAACGCAGGAGAUUCCCCUGGGCUCAGACGCGGCCUCCUACCAGCUGAGCAACCUGAGCCCGUCCAGCCGCUACCAGGUCCGGGUGCAGGCGAUCCGGGGGGGCCUCCCCAGCACCCCCAUCGCCACCUCCUUUAACACCGUCUGGCUGACCUACCCCUUCCCCCGGGACUGCGUGGAGGAGCAGCUGAACGGGCCGGGCCCCUCCCGCGAGGUGACCAUCUACCUGGGGGGCGACCGGCAGCGCCCCCUGCAGGUCUACUGCGACAUGGAGACCGACGGGGGCGGCUGGCUGGUGUUCCAGCGCCGCAUGGACGGCGAGACGGAUUUCUGGCGCGACUGGCAGGCCUACGCCCAGGGCUUCGGGAACCGGUCCCGCGAGUUCUGGCUGGGUAACGACGCCCUGCACCAGCUGACGGCGGCCGGGGAGCAGGAGCUGCGGGUGGAUCUUCGGGCCGGCGCCGAGGCCGCCUACGCCCGGUACCAGCGGUUCCGGGUCGACCCCCCCAGCGAGCAUUACCGCCUCCACCUGGACGGCUACCGCGGCACGGCCGGCGAUGCGCUGAGCUACCACUCGGGCAGCGUCUUCUCGACCCGGGACCGGGACCCCAGCCGGCUGCUGACGCCCUGCGCGGUGUCCUACCGGGGGGCCUGGUGGUACCGGAACUGCCACUAUGCCAACCUCAACGGGCUCUACGGCAGCGGCCGGGACCACCAGGGCGUGAACUGGUUUAACUGGAAAGGCUUCGAGUUCUCCAUCCCCUUCACCGAGAUGAAGCUGCGGCCACGGCGGGGCUGAGCUGGACGGACGGACAGACGGACGCGGGAGGGAGGGAGAGCGAGCGAGCGAGCGAGACCGCAGCACUGCCGGACGCCACCAGGGGAAGUCGGGGCAUCACGAGGAGACCCCCCCCGGGGCCCUUCCACCCCCCCAUGAGACUCCCCUCCCCCACAGAGCCCCAAUGCUUAAUUCCCUCCCCUCACCUAGCCCCUCCCACACACCCCUGGGGGGGUCCCUGCUCCCCACAGUGAAGGGGGGGGUCUGUGCAGCAGGCCCAGCCCAAAGGGGGCACCCCAAUCCAGCCUGGUGGGGGAGCGGGGCAGAUGGAAUCCAGGAGUCCUGACCCCCAGCUCCUCUGGGGCUCCCAUCACCUCCCCACUCAGAAGCGGGGGCCUGUGGGGAGACAGGGGAGCGAGCGGUGACCCCAUGGGUGGUGGAGCGACGGAGACGGAUGGACCCAAAGCACCUUUAUUCUGACUGAAACGGCCCAGACGGGCGAGGACCUUGGGGAGGGCAGAGUUAAGGGGGUUUGCGGGGAAACUGGGGGGGCAGAGUUAAGGGGGGUUGCAGGGGGCUGUACAGAGUCUAUUGAGUGAUAUAGUUUAUAUAUUAAAAACACAGCUGAAAUUGUUACAAAACCCCCCCGUGAGUGAGAAACUGUUGGGGCCAGGGACAGGUGUGGGGUGGAGGCUCCCCAUGAGCUGGAGGGAUGCGGGGGGGGGAUAUAAGGGGCUUGGGGAGGGGUCCCUGGGGCACAGAGUACAAUGCGGGGUUGGGGCUCACUGCAGUGGUGGGUCAGUGAGGGGUUCAGGACGGCAAGAGGGUCACCUGGGGUCACUGGCGGGAUGGGGGUUGGGGCCGUGGGGAGGUGACUGGGAGUCCCGGGGGUUCAGGAAGA